ACGUCAUUGGUUUGCAGUUUUCAAAUAACCAACCUGUUGUGUCUCUGAGAUUGACAGACUCUCAUGAUGGGGAGGAUUUCGUGUAUAAAAGGACACUAAAAGAGUCGACUUUUAGUUCUAAUCUGUCUCGACUUUUCCUUCUUGUAUCAUCACUAUCAAGUAAAACAAACAAGUUCAAUCGCUUAACAAACACACAACAAUGCAAUUCUCAUCUAUCUUUGCUUCUUUGGCCCUUGCUGCUUCUGCCCUUGCUGAAUCCGAGACCUUCGGCUUGCUUCUUAUCAGAUCCGGUUCCUCUUACCAAAACUCUGCCAUUGGUCUUGUGAACAACGGUACUUUCGCUGUUGCUUCUAGCAACUACGUCAGUGCCACUAUCACUGAUGAGGGUUUGUUGUCCAUCGGCAACAACCAAUACGCUGUUGUCACUGACUCUGGUAUCUUUGCCGGUGCUGACGGUUCUGCUACUUUCUCCAUCGUUGAUGGUUACUUAGAGUACAACGGUGCUGGCUUCUCCUUGACUGAGGACUACGCCCUUCUUGCUGGUGGUUCUGGUCCAAACCCAGUUGCUGUCAGACCAACUCUUGCUGACGGUUCUGUUGCUGCAGACUUCACUCCAGGUGAGGAGACUUCUUCCGAAGAGGAGACCACCACUUCUGAGGAGGAGACCACCACUUCUGAAGAAAAGACUACCACUUCUGAAGAAAAGACUACCAGUGCCGAAGAGACCGUUACCGUCACCACCUCUUCCGAGACUGAGGAAUCAUCUACUUUCUCUGUUCAAACCGACAACGGAGUUGCUAAGAUCGGUGCUGGUGCCGGUUUCAUUGCCUUCGCUGCUGCUCUUUUGAUCUAAACUUGAUCAAUGACUAGUAACGAACUCAACAAAAAACCUCUUUCUAUAUACUUAUGUUUAAUUUAAUGACUUUUCCUUUUGCACAAAAAGAAUGAUUCGUACU